CUCUCUGUCAAUGAACUUGCUGGCGUACAAAUGCCAGGGAAGAACCGGAGAAGAGAGGGAUGUGAGUCAGUCCAAAAGCAGCCUUGAGCAGCGGGACUCUGACCUCGCUUUGCAAACACAACCGCAGGAGAGGCUAUGCUGGGGCUUGGGAUCAGAAGGAGUCGGCUGCUUGCCUGAUGCAGGAUUGACAGGACCCCCGGAGGAAGCUCCCCAUAUGGAAGGAACCAUGGAGUCUUUGGACCUUGUGGAAGACCCACGGUUUGCCCCUGAACUGAUCCACCUGCUGAUCCACAAUUUUAGCAUCCCGGUCGCCUGCUUCUCCCACCCACCGACCGCCCUGCAGCUGCUGCAGCAGCUGAACCUCGUGGACCUUGCCAUCACUGGCAUGGCGACCUUCCUCACGCUGCUGUCCGUCAUCAUCUUCGUGGAAGACGCCCUGUAUCUCUCUAGAAAGGUCCGCUGCUUCGUCAAGAUGAAAACCCUCAUCUGGAGCAGCUCUGCGCCCACCGUGGUCUCGGUGUUCUGCUGUUUCGGGCUUUGGGUUCCCCGAUCCUUGAAUGUGGUGGAGAUGGCCAUUGGCGCGUACUUUGCCGUCUGCUUCUACCUGCUGAUGCUGAUCAUGGUGGAAGGUUUUGGGGGCACGGAGGCUGUGCUCAAGGCCUUGAAGGACACCCCGAUGGUGAUCAGCACGGGGCCCUGCUGCUGCUGCUGCCCCUGCUGCCCUCGCAUCACUAUGACCAAGCGAAAACUGAAGCUGAUCAUGUUGGGGAGUUUCCAGUACGCCUUCCUCAAGGGAGCCUGCAUCUUCCUGGGGCUCGUUCUCACCACGGAGGGCCUGUACGACACCUCUGACAUAUCAGCCACAAGCGUGGCUCUGUGGAUCAACACCUCCCUGGGAGUGUCGACCUUAUUUGCUCUGUGGGCAAACGCGGUCCUCUUUCGGCAAGCCAGAGCCCACUUGUCGGAGCAGAACAUGGGCUGCAAGUUCGCCUGCUUCCAGGUCCUCCUCAUUCUGACAGCGCUGCAGCCCUCCAUCUUCAGCACCCUGGGCAAUGGUGGCCAAAUUGCCUGCUCUCCACCGUUCUCCUCCAGAGUGCGGUCCCAGAUGAUGCACGCGCAGCUCCUGGUCCUGGAAACCUUCAUCAUGGCUGUGCUGACCAGGAUGUACUACAGGAAGCCGGACGACAAGCCAGGCUGUUGCCCGGCCGGAGGUUUGCCAGAGAGCAAAGCAGAAAUCGGUCUCUCGGCUGCCUAGGAACAGGAGUGCCCAGCAGGGCUAUCGGAGGCCCCCAACCCUCUUGCCAACAUUUGUUCCGGGAUCUCAAGAACAUGUGGCCUUCCUUGCAGGGGGAAGGGACAAGGGACUGAUUCUGCCUUGGGACAGGCACAUGGACAUAUGACCCUUUGUACAAGAAUGACUUUAGGACAACUGUAAUUUGUGCAGCUAUAGUCAAAAAUGCCUGGGGCACAUGGAAUAAAUCUAUUUUAUGCUGUAUUGGUUAUUAA